AUGACCGCCACCAUGGACCUGGACGCCGACGGCGCGUGCGAGUACUUCGGGCACUUUGCAUCGGAGGAGCUGCGAGGCGCCACCCUCGGGAACACGACGUGGGAGGUCGCGUGCGGCACCGCAGCGAACGCCACGAUCAGCAACGCAACGGUCACGAUCACGUACGUCCAGCCUCUUGCUGCGCGUGCGCCCCGAUGCCGACAGCUGCGCGCACGGGGCCCUCCAGGGCUGCGCACUCCCCCUCCACCGGAGACGCGCGCGUCCUGCCAGUUCCGUACCGUCCAGAGCUCGGCCAGGGACAAUCCUGUCGACCACACAGCGGCCGGGGACUCGUCUCCCGGCGGCCCGGGCGAACCUUCCCACUGA